CAUUCGUAGACGUAAUGCCACCUGCCCGGCCAUAAUCUAUCGGGAUCCGCUUUUGAUACAAAACUUUUCCACGCCGGUCAGGGGCAGCUUUGAUCAUACAGGUAUUUAUGUUUCAAUAUACUUUGGCGGAUCAUGAUAGUGGGUCCUAGUGCAUGUUUUCGGCGAGGUGAAGACGACACUCCGUUGCAGAUACGGAUCCAAUCAUGCAGCACGAUGAGCUCACCUACCUCAGUAUCGGCAUCAAUACACGGUUUGCCUACAAUUUCUUCCUACUCAUUCUCUAGCUUGCUUUCAAGAACUUAAUUUUUAGAUAUAUACGCUCUGCCCCGCACAUCCUUUGACUUUUUGGAUCUCAUACUUCUCCUUCACUUCCAUCAACGAUACCAUCUACAGUCGACAGAUAACCUUCUCUCCUACACAAAUCCUUCACGCUUUUUUAACUUCAAACUUCUAUUUCAAAAUGCCUGGUUUCGAUGAUAGCGAUUUGGCUGCUCAAGCCCACGCUGGUUCAAAUGGUACUCCAGGUUUCAACCACAACUUGGUCGUCCCAGGUGAUGAUGACUCUGGACCAAUUGAAGUUCCCGCUUCGAGAUCUUCCGUCGCGGAAACUCAAGGACUCAUGCAUUCAUUGAGUCUCGAAAACAGAACAAAUGGACGUAGAGGUUCAAGAAACAGCUUUGGUGCUGCUCUUCCAAUUCCUCGUUCCAAGCGUCAAUCUCGUCUCUCGUCCGUCGUCACUCAAGACAGACCUUCAAGACCUGGAAUGCCAGUCGUUCAACCAACCCGCGAGAUUCUCUCCUCGCAGGUUCAAGAUAUGUCAAAGAUCAAGACCGAGGCUGCAAAGAACAUGGCAUUCGCUUUUGAUAUUGAUGGUGUUCUCGUUCACGGUGAUCGUUUGAUCCCAGAAGGAAAGAGAGCAUUGGAGAUUUUGAACGGUGAUAAUGAGCUCGGUAUCAAGAUCCCACACAUUUUCUUGACCAACGGUUCUGGAAAGGUCGAACCCACUCGUUGUGCUCAACUCUCCAAGAUCCUUGGAAACCCUGUUGCGACUGAACAAUUCAUUCAAUCUCACACCCCUAUGUCCGCUUUGGCCGAAUAUUACGACACCGUCUUGGUUGUUGGUGGUGAGAACUACCAAUGUCGAGAAGUCGCCAAGUUGUACGGAUUCAAGGAUAUCGUCGUACCAAACGAUAUUGUCGCUUCCAUCCCUACCAUUUCCCCACUUAAGGAGUUCUUCACUGCCGAGCAACGUGCUACAUCCACCCCAAGAGACUUCAGCAAGGUCAAGAUCGAUGCUAUCCUCGUCUUCUCGGAUUCUCGAGAUUAUGCCACCGAUCUCCAGAUCAUCAUGGAUCUUCUCCAAUCUGAAGAUGGUGUUCUCGGCACUCGUGCCAAGGACCCCGUCUCUCAACGCAUCCCAAUCUACUUCUCCCAAGGAGAUCUCUUGUGCCCAAGCGAGCACCCCACUCCUCGUAUGUCUCAAGGAACCUUCCGUAUCGCUCUCGAAGCCAUCUAUAAAUCCAUCACCGGCGUCGAACUCGAGCGUGUCGUAUACGGCAAACCCGAAUUAGCCACUUACAAAUACGCCGAUGAAAUCAUGGCCUCCUGGAUGGAAACCAUCCACGGCGAAGAAAAACUCCCCGAAAACAUCUACAUGAUUGGUGAUAACCCCGCAUCCGACAUCAUCGGUGGAAACAACUACGGCUGGAACACCUGUUUGGUACGCACCGGUGUCUUCCAAGGAGGAGAAAACGACGAGGAAAACCCAGCAAACUUCGGUGUCUUCCCUAAUGUUUUGGAAGCCGUGCAAACUGCGUUGAGAAAACAACUCGGUAAUGAUUUUAGAAUGAACUGGAGUGAUUCUAUGAACCCUGUCGUGGGCGAUUCUUCCGCUAGCGCUAUUGAGUAGAGGAAUCUUAUGAAGAUACGAAUUUUCUUAAAAGUUUUACUACUGCCUUCUACUUUCUGCCUUUGAGAGGCUUGCUUUUCUUUUCUUGUCUUUUCUUACCUCUUAUUUUUGGUGUUGUGUCUGGGGAGGAGAGAAUCGCAUCACAUCGCAUCGCAUCAGAUGGCGUCAAUGAAUAUUAAAUCAAAGAUCAAGAUAGAUUUAGGAAUGGAUGGAUGGAUGGAUAUGAGAUAAGAGUGAUAGAUUUGGGAUUUGACAACGAUAGGAUACGAUGCGACACAAUUACAUUUUUUUCAGCAGGCAGGGUGCUUAUUUGUUUAUUUUAUUUUAUUCCGUUUUGUUGUGAGGGGGAGAAAAGGGAUAGGAAGGAAAGGAAGGAAGGAAGGAAGGGGAAAAAAAGGCGUUGAAUUUUUAUUGUGGAAGAUUUCGCAGAUUUUCUUUUCAUAGUUUCAUUUUCUUUCCCCAUAGGGAUGUAUGGAUGGAUAGAUGUCGAAUCUAGAUUAUUUUUUUGUGAAUUC